AUGGCCGAGCGCAAGACCCUCCAAAAGUACUAUCCUGCCGACUUUGACCCAGCAAAGCUAGUGCGCUCAAAGAAAUCCUCAACUCCCACGCGCACCGUCGUAAACUUCGCCUGCCCCUUCCGCAGCAUGCGCUGCCUGACCUGCGGCCACUACACCACCAAAGGCAAAGUCUUCCGCAACAGCCCCAAACACAUCGCGCCUGAAACCUACCUCGGCGUAAAGAUUAUCACAUUACACUGCAAAUGUCCUGGCUGCACCGCACAAAUCAUCAUCGAAACCGACCCCAAGAACAUGGAUUAUAGGAUUCGCUUAAAUCGUCUUGAAGUUGAGGAACUUGAAGGAGGCGAUGAGAAAGCGACUAUGGAGAUGCUGGAACGAAAGACUGAGGAUGCGAGGGUUGAGGGCGCUGUUGCUGAUGCGUUGGAUGAGAUUAGAGCGGCGAAUGCACGGAGAGGGGGCGUUGAUAAGGGGUGUAGCGCGGCUAUCCUUGCACCGUCGAGGGAAGUUGAGGAUGCGGAAGAUGCGGAGAUUGCGAGGGCUGUUUUUAGGGGGACGAAGAGAUGUUCGCUGGAUUCUGAAUCACGUGGAGGGUCGCUGAACGUGGAGUUCUCAGUGUCUAGGCCGGCGAAGAAGGCCAAGAAGGAUUUUGCGAAGACGUUAGGUAUUAAGAGGAAGGUAGAUGUUUAA